CUUUGCGUGACUGCACUUGGGAUACAAAAAUAAAAACACUUUAAUGUUGGAAAACCAGUGAAGACGGACAACUAGGGGAAAAAGCCUACACGUCAUCUUCUCCCCUGGGUGCCACAAGCAUGUGACUAAUUCGCCAUCCAACGCCACUUACUCUUCCCCUUGACAACUUGGCUCUCUGCACACCUUGGCACUGAUGGCUGACGGGCGGAAAUGUUCCUGUCUCUGCACGCGCCAGCAAUGAAUGACACCUUGCGCGGAGCUGAGAUCAGCAUGUUUGACCAGACCAGAGAAUAUCUGCAGAACGGCAGCUGCGGGGAUUCGUCCCCUGCGUGUGAGAGGACCGCGGGCGGAGACGCCCUGCAGCUGCCCACCUUCUCCACGGCCGCCAAGGUGCGGGUGAUCAUCACCUUCGUCCUGUGCGUGGUCUCCGCCGUCUGCAACCUGGCGGUGCUGUGGGCCGCCAGCACCAACCACAAGCGCAAGUCGCACGUGCGCAUUCUCAUCAUGAACCUGACGGCGGCCGACCUCCUGGUGACCUUCAUCGUGAUGCCGCUGGACGCCGUGUGGAACAUCACGGUGCAGUGGCUGGCCGGCGACGCCGCCUGCCGGCUCCUGAUGUUCCUCAAGCUCCUGGCCAUGUACUCCGGCGCCUUUGUCACCGUGGUGAUCAGCCUGGACCGACAGUCCGCCAUCCUGAACCCGCUGGCCAUCAACGAGGCCAGGAAGAAAAACAAAAUCAUGCUGAGCGUAGCAUGGGCGAUGAGCGCGGUGCUGUCACUGCCACAGGCAUUCAUAUUCCACAACGUGACCAUCACAGUUCCACAGAACUUUACCCAGUGCACUACCCAGGGCAGUUUUGCCAGGCACUGGCAGGAGACCGUCUACAACAUGUUCACCUUCGUCUGCCUCUUCCUCCUGCCUCUGGCUAUCAUGAUCUUCUGCUACACCAGGAUCCUGGUGGAGAUCUCCAAGAGGAUGACAAAAGGAACCAUAUCUUCCAAAGAGGUGCACCUGCGUCGUUCAAAGAACAACAUCCCAAAAGCCCGCAUGAGGACUCUGAAAAUGAGCAUCGUCAUUGUGACUUCAUUCAUCGUCUGCUGGACCCCGUACUACCUGCUGGGGCUCUGGUACUGGUUCUCCCCCGACGACCUGGAAGAGACAGUCUCCCACUCCCUGACGCACAUGCUCUUUGUUUUCGGGCUCUUUAACGCCUGCCUGGACCCCAUCACCUACGGGCUCUUCACCAUCCACUUUCGCAAGGGACUCAAACGCUACUGCCAUGGCACCACUGUGCUGGUGGAAUCAGAGAACGCCACCACCAUGACCAGCUCAUUUAGGUGCUCCGCCUCCAUCGUCCGCAUGAAACAGCUGACCAAUCAGGGACAGGGGGACGGUCAGGGGCCCAGCAGUGGUCAAAACCAGCAGAGCAGGACGGUCAGCUGCUACAACAGCUAUGUCACAAUGCAGAGCAAUGGAGGAGACCCCAACCACUCAGGUCCUGCGACUAUGAUAUGA